AUGACACUCGCGGUGAAAGCCACAAUCGCGAAUGGCACUCUUCCAUCCUCCAUAACCAGCACAGGCUCUAAGCGUCCAAGAAAGGAUUGGAUUGCUGGAGCAGUGAUUGGCGUUCUUGCCAUUCUCGGCGUGCUGAUCGCGUUUUUGAUUUGGAGAAGACGGGCGCCGUCGGUGCCGGAUGAACCGGCGAAUAUAGCUGUCCCAUAUGAGAAGCCAGAGCUGGACGCGACGAAACGAGACGAUUAUACGAUUGCGAAGCAACCGCUAAUAGAGCUGGAAAGCAUGGAAGGGAGGACAGAACUGCCGAAUGUGGAUAUUGAUGGCAAUUGUCCGCUCAGUCCUAGAGACAUUGAGAAACCCUUCAAGAUUGUGAUCGUAUUUGGUGUUGGGACAGUGGCAGAAGCCGUUGCAAAUGACGGACCGAAAGGUGGUAACAAGAAUGACAACGUUCUUCACUCCAAUGCUGUUAUGGGAAAAAGUGUGCAAUCCGAGGCUAUUGUGUACUAA